AUGCCUCUGAGGCAAAUGAAAGAGAGUUCAGAACAACACCUUGUGAUCAAACCUCAUCUUCCAAACACUAUGAAUCAGGCUAAGAAGGUUACUAAAGCUGUUCAAAAUGGUAAAGGUCCACCAUUGUUGUCACAAGAUCUGCUUAACCAAACUUCACCACCUCAAGGAAGGAGUGGUGGUGGAAGAAGAAGGAGUAGAAAUGGAAGAAAAGCUGAUCAAGUUGAUGUUUUGAUGAGACCGAGUUGUAGGCCUUGUACUGCUGUGAAAAGUAAUGAAAAUGGUCAUGUUGUUCAAAAUGGAAACGUAAUCUCUAGUGAUGUAGAGAUGAGUUUUCCUACUUCAAGCAAGUCUUUGAGUUUUGCUCAAAGGCCUGGUUUUGGACAAGUUGGUACAAAAUGCAUUGUUAAAGCUAACCACUUCUUUGCAGAAUUGCCAGACAAGGACUUGAAUCAGUAUGAUGUAACUAUUACACCGGAAGUGUCUUCCAAAGCAGUUAACAGAUCCAUUAUAGCAGAACUUGUGAGGCUGUAUAAAGAAUCAGACCUUGGCACGAGGCUUCCAGCAUAUGAUGGCAGGAAAAGUCUCUACACAGCAGGGGUUCUUCCCUUUUCAUGGAGAGAGUUUAAGAUUAAGCUCAUAGAAGAAGAGGAUGGAAUUAAUGGCCCCAAGAGGGAAAGAGAAUACAAAGUGGUGAUCAAGUUUGUUGCAAGGGCUAACUUGCAUCACUUGGGACAGUUUCUGGCCGGAAAGCGCGCAGAUGCUCCACAGGAAGCGAUACAAAUUCUUGACAUUGUACUAAGAGAGCUAGCAUCCAAGAGGUUUUGUCCAAUUGGGAGGUCGUUUUAUUCAUCUGAUAUUAGAACACCACAACGACUCGGAGAAGGAUUGGAGUCAUGGUGUGGAUUUUACCAAAGCAUAAGACCUACUCAGAUGGGCCUUUCCCUCAAUAUUGACAUGGCUUCUGCUGCGUUCAUUGAACCCCUUCCGGUGGUGGAAUUUGUUGGCCAGCUAUUAGGAAAAGAUGUUUUGUCAAGGCAGUUGUCUGAUGCAGAUCGCAUCAAGAUUAAGAAAUCCCUUAGAGGAGUUAAAGUUGAAGUGACACAUAGAGGGAGUGUUAGACGAAAGUAUCGUGUUUCUGGUAUAACUUCUCAACCAACAAGAGAACUUGUGUUUCCCGUUGAUGAGAACUCAACUAUGAAAUCCGUGGUUGAAUACUUCCAAGAGAUGUACGGUUUCACUAUUAAGCAUACACACCUACCUUGCCUUCAAGUUGGUGGAAAUCAAAAGAAAGCAAACUAUUUACCUAUGGAGGCCUGCAAAAUCGUCGAGGGGCAACGAUAUACUAAAAGGUUGAAUGAAAAGCAAAUUACCUCACUAUUGAAAGUCACAUGCCAGAGACCCCGUGAUCGAGAAAAUGACAUCUUGCGGACGGUUCAGCAUAACGCUUAUGAUCAAGAUCCUUAUGCAAAGGAAUUUGGGAUUAAAGUCAGUGAGAAGUUAGCUUCUGUAGAAGCACGAAUUCUCCCUGCUCCUUGGCUUAAAUAUCACGAGAGUGGCAAAGAAAAAAAUUGUUUACCCCAAGUUGGCCAGUGGAAUAUGAUGAACAAGAAAAUGAUUAAUGGAAUGACGGUUAGCCGCUGGGCAUGCAUAAAUUUUUCAAGAAGUGUGCAAGAUAGUGUGGCCCGUACGUUUUGUAACGAGCUUGCGCAAAUGUGUCAAGUAUCUGGCAUGGAAUUUAAUCUAGACCCUGUUAUUCCGAUCUACAAUGCAAAACCCGAGCAAGUGGAGAAAGCUUUGAAGCAUGUUUACCAUGUAUCGUCAAACAAAACCAAAGGAAAGGAGUUGGAGCUUUUGUUAGUAAUAUUGCCCGACAACAAUGGUUCUCUCUAUGGUGAUCUCAAGCGUAUUUGUGAGACUGACCUUGGUUUAAUUUCUCAAUGUUGUUUAACAAAGCAUGUCUUCAAAAUCACGAAACAGUACUUGGCUAACGUGUCUCUGAAAAUCAACGUUAAGAUGGGCGGUAGAAACACUGUUCUUGUUGAUGCCGUAAGCUGCAGAAUACCGUUGGUUAGUGACAUACCAACAAUAAUAUUUGGAGCAGAUGUUACUCACCCUGAAAACGGGGAAGACUCCAGCCCCUCAAUAGCAGCUGUAGUAGCGUCACAAGAUUGGCCUGAAGUUACAAAGUACGCAGGUUUAGUUUGUGCUCAACCUCAAAGACAAGAACUUAUACAAGAUUUGUACAAAACUUGGCACGAUCCUGUUCGUGGCGUAGUUAGUGGUGGCAUGAUCCGAGAUUUGUUGGUUUCGUUUAGAAGGGCAACGGGACAGAAGCCGCAAAGGAUUAUAUUUUAUAGGGAUGGUGUAAGUGAAGGACAGUUUUACCAAGUUCUACUAUACGAGUUGGAUGCGAUUCGGAAGGCGUGUGCUUCUUUGGAGCCAAACUAUCAACCUCCGGUAACUUUCAUAGUUGUACAAAAAAGACAUCAUACUCGGUUAUUCGCAAACAACCACAGGGAUAGGAACAGUACAGAUAGGAGUGGAAAUAUACUGCCUGGAACUGUUGUUGAUACAAAAAUCUGUCAUCCAACCGAGUUUGAUUUUUAUCUUUGCAGUCACGCCGGCAUUCAGGGUACAAGUCGUCCAGCGCACUAUCACGUUCUAUGGGAUGAAAACAACUUCACUGCAGAUGGAAUUCAGUCUUUGACAAACAAUCUCUGUUAUACAUAUGCUAGGUGUACACGCUCCGUAUCUGUUGUCCCUCCAGCAUAUUAUGCACAUUUAGCAGCUUUUCGAGCGCGUUUCUACACGGAGCCAGACCUACAGGAAACCGGCUCCACGGGUGGUCGUGGUUCGAAGACAACACGUGCGGCCGGAGAUUGCGGUGUCAAGCCAUUGCCAGCCUUGAAAGAAAAUGUAAAGAGAGUAAUGUUUUAUUGUUAG